AUGACAAUUCGAGAAUGCCGUCGUGUGAGCAGAGAGGAACUCGAGGCAAACCGCCAGCAGCACAUGAUCGACAACCUGGACGUCAUCGAGUACGAAACAAUAUAUGCCUGGAUCCUAACGGAUGUCCGAGCCUACUCGCAGCCGGUGCCAUAUCAACGCCCGGUAGGGACCGUCAAUUGGGUGGACCUGAACCACUACAACACCAAAAGGACCCCCAAGAAGCGCCCCAUUGCCACGGAAUGCGCACGCGUCGAUUGCAACUUUGGCUUGGGCAAGAAAGGAGGAUGCGGUAAGGCAUAUGUGCGUCACUCAGAUGGCAAGAAGUUCGAGCACUGCCUCUUCUGCUCCAAGGAUGCUUUGCUUGCAGCAUUACACGCGCAUGAUGGUAAAGCCAUUCACAGAGCGCUGACCAGACUAGCACACAGAGAUGCUGCGUUGCGCAGCAAAGCAUUUCAGUGCAUCCAGAACAUGCUCGAGCCCCACGUGGCAUGCAGGUUUGCGCCGCGUGGACAGAAGCGCAAACUUGCAACAGUAUCAUGGGAAGAAGUGCUGGAACACCGACAGGCGCCUACACGCGCAGAUGAACAAGCCCGAUCCGCUUUCGACGCCAAGGAGAGAAAGCAAAAACAACGCCUGCGGCGCAAGUUUCCCUCCAUCUACGCCGAAGAUGCUCGUGAGGAGUCAAAGUGGAUGCCUCCUCGUGCGGCAGCCUUCCGCGCGUGGUGCCUGGAGGAUUCGUGGCGCGCUUGCUCCAAAUGCAAGCGCAUGGCGCCAAAGCCUUUUCAAGCCAGUCACGCCAAGGGCUCGGCAAAGAGGAACCCACAGUUCCCAGUGUGCAGCUAUUGCAAGUCGGCAGGAGGCCAGGGCUACUGGGCUCCAACCCCAGAAGACGUGCCACGCAAAUUGCGGAAGCUUUCUGCCAGGACUAUCGAAGCGCUGCGGCCCUUUGACGUGCACACUGGCAGUAUGUUCCGAGCACCGAACGGAUACCUGGUCCACAGCGACAUGAUGCAGUUCUCCUUCAAGCAAAUCUCGGUGGAGGAAGCCUUGGCAAAGCUGCCGAAAAGAGAGCGUCGACGAGGAGAAAAAGCCCUCCUGUACCUGCUUCGAUCAAACAGCCCCUCUGCCUACGCUCGCUUUUGGCAAUUGCAUCAUCGGUUUCUGCAUGGCAGGGACCGUGCCAUCCAGCGAGGGGAGACAUGGGUUGGAGCACCAGUGAAGCGGAUGCCAGCCAAUUUCAUCGAGACCGUGGGACUGGAGUGCGCGCUGUGGCCGCACCUAUACUGGUCUCUUGAUAUGACAGAAACGUAUGUUAGAUCUCAGGAUGCCAGGAGACUCAGACGGGUUCGACAGUCCCUGGACGCAGACAGUGCAGAAGAUGAGGGAGACAAUGCUGACACAGGAAAUUUGGUAGGUACAAGGCAAAGUGCUAAGGCGAGCUUCCUGGCCAAAGUACACUCGGCACUGAUCGGAUACAACUCUGACGACAAGUUGCUACAGUUUGUCUACGACCUCUGGUUGUUCACCACUCUGGGCGGGGCCAAAAACUCGGCCGGCGUCGGCAUUAGGGAGGCAUUGGCCAGCAAGCCGUACUCGCCGGAAGUGUGGCGCACCUAUCACACGGCGCUGGUGGACCUGCAGAAGCAGAUAGGAUGGCCCAGCCUCUUCAUUACCAUAGACGAGCUUGCCAAGAGCCUGAAGGAGCGCUUGCACAUGCCCGUGGCGGAAACCCUGCAUUUGGCCCACGUUCUCACCCAAGCAGUGAAGGGAUUGCUGGCGGGUGGCAAAGAAGGCAUCUUCGCAUCUGACCAUGGGCGCGGAGGUGUGCGCUAUUGGGUGGCCAGGCUCGAGUUUCAAGACGGCAAGCGCAAACGCGGCGUCCAUCGUGACCCUCGAUUCUACCACGGGCGCGGAACACCACACGUUCACGUCCUUCUUUGGCUUGACCAAGUACAACAUGCGGAGAUUGCAUCGAACAUUCGAGCUGACUUGCCGCACCCAGAUGAUGCAGAGAUGCUGGAUCUCGUGCUUGGCUCGCAACUUGACUGGCACUCCAGUGGCUGGCCAGUUCGCGAGAAACCCACGCACGUCACCAGCACAGGAACUAUCCAGCUCCAUCACCCCAGGAAUGCCUUCGAGAAAUGCUGUCGCGCCUAUUUGCCGGACGUCUUGGCGGCCUUGCGCUGCCACGUCGAUGUUCUGGCGUCAGACGGCUAUCUUCCGAAAUUCAGCAGCUCCUUUGCGCAGGAAUUGCUGAACGAUCAUGCCAGCGAUUUCUCGUUGGCGCGUCGCAUUCUUUCGGACUAUCACCCGCUGCAGCCAGAGAUGGUCAUGCAACUUGCCGCGCAGCAGCACUCCCAGUUCAUCUGUCCAGGUAUUGUUCGGAAGUUCAUCGUUCCAGUGCCAUGGGAGAGGGAUAUGCCGGACAUCGUGCAGUGCUACAUGACUUGUACGUGGCGAAGGGAGAACAUGAGCUUGCUGGAGUUUCUACGCAAAUCUGGCUCCAAUGGGCAGAUCUCGCAGAGAUACCGGCGGGAGCAUCGCUCUCGCAAGAUUCAGAUUCCCCUGGAAACUUGGAUCAACAGUCAACCUGCAGAUGGGCAGACAUUGGUUGCCGCCAUCACAAACAGUCGAAUGAGCGACCGAUUCUACGGCCAGUGGCUGCUUCUGAACGUGCCAUUUCGCAAGGUGGACGACUUGUGGCACCCCGACGCAGAACGACUGCCGCAUAGUCUGCGACACCUUGGACUGUGCCUCUUACAUCGUCCAGCCUUCUGGAGAAAUCCUGAUCGUCCAGCAGCCGAAAUGGAGCAAGAAGCUCGUACGGACCUGCACAUCAAAAACUUCCUGAGCAUGCUGCAAGGCCGAGUGGAGCUGAUAGAUGCAUACCUCUCCGGAGACUUGACGUUAGCCGAGAACCCAAGCCCUGCAUUACAUGGUUCUGCCUCGACCUCAGGUGGAACGAUCCAGCUUGCGGCAGAGCAAAAGCUCAUCAUCCAAACAAUCACGAAUCGCGUGGAAGCAGCUCUGCAGGCUAAGUGGCCUAGCGAUGCGAACGAAGUGGAAGCAUGGGGCGUCUGGCUUGACCAAAAUCAACGUAGACCCUUUCAAAACAAGGUGUCGGUAGUGCUGGGUCCAGCAGGCAGCGGCAAGAGCACGGCGGUGGAGAUUGCCCUGGAGCAUGCGGUUCGAAACGGUGCGCACGUUGGUGUAGCCUGCCCCACUGGCAUGCUCGCCACUCAGUACAAAACUCGACACCCGGAUCUGGACAUCGACACCGUGCACGGCAUGUUUGCCCUCCACAAAGACGAGGCCACCACGCUCGAUAUGAUGAAGAUAUACGACAUGAUCGUGAUCGACGAGGUGGGGCAGCUCUCGACCAGAAUCUUCGACAGGCUUCUACGGCUGUGGGAUGCAGCGGACCGUCGGCCCGCUCUCGUCUUCGUGGGCGACUUCUGCCAGCUGACGGGGGUGGAUGGCACCACGGCGAGAGACAGUCUCAGGUGGGAUCAAAUGCAUAUCAUGGCGCUGCACGAGAUGCGUCGCUGCAAAUGCGAGCGUCUCAAAUGGAAGUUGCAGCUGCUGCGAAGCGCCAUUCCAUCCAAGAAGCAGCUCAAGCAAAUCCUGAAAAACCAUAGAGGGCCGCGAGAUCGUCCACGAGGCAGCAGUGCACCUACAGCCGAUGACGUUGCUGACAUUUUGCGGGAAACACCAGAGACGACCUUCCUCACGGUCUCCAGGCGUGGUUCUACCAGGCUAAACCAGCUUGCAGUGCAGUCUCUCUUCGCACGAUCGGAGCCGUUGGACCGCAUUCCUUGCGAUCCGGAGGAGAACAUGGAUAAUUUUCACGGACAACAGCAAGUGGCCGUCCGUCCUCACUGGCUUAUGAUCUACGAGGGCCUGCGGGUGAGAAUCACCAGUAACGAGGACAAAGAGAGAGGAUUCGUCAACGGCAUGGCAGCGACAGUGCAGCGAAUGAGGACAAGCGGGGUGCAGGUCAUCACCGAUGCCGGGGAGGUUCUUCUCGUACAUCCGAUCACUCGAGACAUCCAGACAAGCGACGGCUCCUGUCACCGAGUAACAUUCUUCCCGCUCCGCCUUGGAUACAGCACCACCCUGCACAAAGUCCAGGGUGCAACACUCUCACACGUGACAAUCUGGUUGGAUAUCCCGUGGGUUCGCGCAGCUAUGUAUGUUGCAAUGUCACGCGUGCAGCGUGACCGCGACUGGCGGUUCAUCGGGAGCAUCGGCAGGAAGCACUGCCUGCCAGCCAGAUUGUCCUGA